AUGGUGGCAGACCAGCCCGAGCUAGAUGCCACAAUCGACCAAAAUAUUGACCAUCUUAUCAAGAAACACUUGGGCCACCAAUCUGCGCCACUGGAGGGCGUUUUGCUAGUGCAGUUUCUUGAUGAAAACCAGGCAAAAGCGAAAAAGAAAUCGGGCUGGUUCGGCCAGAUUACCGACGGGCGAAACGAUCUGGUCCCAUGGGAAACCUGGCGCAUUUUUGUCCAGUGUGCGCCGUUGGCCAGCCCUGAACAUCUUGCCUCUUUGACCGAUAAUACAAAGGCUUUCCUUCGGCCCUCCUUGGCGAGCUUUGAGCAGUGUCUCGAGCAAAUCACCUCCUAUGUUGAUCGUCACAAGGACCACAUUCCACCUAUCAUGACGUUAGACGUGGCUCCGUUCCCAUACAAGAUGGAGGUACUUGCAAAUGCGCAAGGCGCAAGGACAGGCGAAGACGAGUCUUGGAGCCAUUACAUCAAGAAAAUGAUGGACUAA